UCCAAACCUUCCCGCACCACCGUGCCCGUCGCUCCUUCUGCCUAGAACACCGGUAAGAGCGCCCGAGCUGCGAGACGUGUCCCCCCGAGCUCCCCGUGAGCAUUGAAGCUCGAGACGUGAAGCUCUGCCCCACAUAAAGCCACUUCGCACAAUUGGCCGCAAAACAUACUGACCACCAUGGCAGGCCUCACUCGCCCAGCUUCACCGGUAAAAGGAACCACCAAGAUGUUCGGAUCUGGCCCACAGACCGGCAUUUCGACGCCUCGCACGCAGGCGUCGCUGCGCCCGCUCGUCCUCUCACACGGCUCCCUCGAAUACACGCUGCUCAUCCCCGUUGCGCUGCACUACAAUGCUCAGCAAUUGCGGGAUGUGUUCAAGGCGACCCUUCCUGAGCCCACAGACGAACUAGCACAAGACGAUGAGCCCUCAUCAGUACCCGAGUUGGUGGCUCGGUAUCUGGGCUUCAUCGCCAAGGAGGUCGAGGAGGGCGAGGACCCUGACACCUUCGAAGAGGUCCUGAAGCUGGUCCUCCAGGAGUUUGAGCGUGCUUUCCUCCGCGGCAAUGAGGUGCACGCACUUGCUGCGACGCUGCCGGGCAUCACCGACAAGAAGCUCAUCACGGUUCAAUCGUACUAUGCUGCCCGUGCAGCGGCCGACAGGCCGAUCAAGUACCACGAGUCCGCGCUGCUCCGCGAAGCUUCCGACGAGAAUGCUUUCAUAUACGCUGUUCUCGGCGGCCAGGGCAACAUCGAGGAGUACUUUGAUGAGCUGCGCGAGAUUUACACCGCAUACCCCUCCUUCGUUGAGGACUUCAUUGCCGCCGAAGCGCAACAUUUGCUUACGCUGUCGCGUGACCCGCGUGCAGAGAAGCUGUACUCCAAGGGUCUCGAUGUAAUGCGAUGGCUCAACAACCGGGACUCCCAGCCCGACACCGAUUACCUCGUUUCUGCGCCCGUCAGUCUUCCCUUGAUUGGGUUGACGCAGCUCGCCCACUACGUUGUCACUUGCAGAGUUCUUGGAAGCCACCCUGGGCACUUCCGCAGCCGCAUGAGCGGUGUCACUGGCCAUUCUCAGGGUGUUGUGACCGCUGCAGCCAUCGCUGAGUCCAAGAACUGGGAGACGUUCGAGCAGGCCGCCAAGCGGGCCAUCGAGAUCCUCUUCUGGAUUGGAUCUCGAAGCCAACAAGCCUACCCUCGCACAUCGCUUGCGCCUACUGUGCUGCAAGACUCCGUGGACAAUGGAGAAGGCACCCCCACCCCUAUGUUGUCCAUCCGCGAUCUCUCCCGGAAAGCGGUCCAGGACCACAUCGAUGCCACGAACCAGCACUUGCCACCAGAGAGACACAUUGCGAUCUCUUUGGUCAACAGCGCUCGCAACUUUGUCGUCACGGGCCCUCCUAUUUCGUUGUACGGUCUUAAUUUGCGCCUACGAAAAGUCAAGGCUCCUACUGGCCUGGACCAGACACGAAUCCCUUUCACAGAGCGCAAGGUCCGGUUUGUCAAUCGCUUCCUUCCGAUCACUGCCCCCUUCCACAGUCCCUACCUUGCAGAGGCGGCGAAGCAGCUUGAGGAAGAUCUCAAGGAUAUCCACAUUUCUCCUCGUGACCUCGGUAUCGCUAUGUACGAUACACACACUGGUGAAGAUCUUCGCGAGUCAUCAGAAGACGAUGUCGUUCCGAGGCUCGUGCGCAUGAUCACGAAUGACUCUGUCGAAUGGGAGAAGGCUACCGUAUUCCCCAGGGCCACGCACAUUCUCGACUUCGGCCCUGGUGGCAUUUCUGGUCUGGGUGUUUUGACCAACCGGAACAAGGACGGAACGGGUGUCCGAGUCAUCUUAGCGGGCGCACUUGAUGGUCAAAACCCCGAGGUCGGAUACAAGCCUGAGAUCUUUGACCGCGACUUUGACCAUGCUGUCAAAUACGCGAUUGACUGGGUCAAGGAGCAUGGCCCGCGUCUAGUGAAGACAUCCACUGGACAGACCUACGUCGACACCAAGAUGAGCCGCAUGCUUGGACUUCCUCCCGUCAUGGUCGCCGGCAUGACGCCCUGCACAGUUCCUUGGGACUUUGUGGCCGCUACAAUGAACGCUGGCUACGAGAUUGAGCUUGCGGGCGGUGGCUACUACAACGAGAAGACAAUGACUGCUGCGAUCACCAAGGUUGAGAAGGCGAUCACGCCUGGUCGCGGUAUCACAGUCAACUUGAUUUAUGUCAACCCACGUGCUAUGGCUUGGCAGAUUCCCCUUCUGGGUAAGCUGCGCGCUGAGGGUGUUCCCAUUGAGGGUUUGACCAUCGGUGCUGGUGUCCCAUCGAUCGAAGUUGCCAACGAGUACAUUGAGACCCUAGGCAUCAAGCACAUCGCUUUCAAACCUGGCUCCGUCGAGGCUAUCCAGCAGACCAUCAACAUUGCCAAGGCGAACCCUGGAUUCCCCGUCUUGCUGCAAUGGACCGGUGGCCGCGGCGGAGGUCACCACUCUUUCGAGGAUUUCCAUCAACCCAUCCUCCAAAUGUACAGCCGCAUCCGAAAGUGCGACAACCUCAUCCUUGUCGCAGGAUCCGGAUUUGGUGGCGCGGAGGACACUUACCCUUACCUCACUGGUACCUGGUCUACUGCGUUCGGCUACCCUCCCAUGCCGUUUGAUGGAUGCCUUUUUGGUAGUCGCAUGAUGACUGCUAAGGAAGCAUACACUUCUAAGGCAGCCAAGCAGGCUAUCGUCGACGCGCCCGGUCUCGACGAUGGUGACUGGGAGAAGACAUACAAGGGACCUGCUGGCGGAGUCAUCACUGUCCGAUCUGAGAUGGGUGAACCGAUCCACAAGUUGGCCACUCGCGGUGUGCUGUUCUGGCACGAAAUGGACCAGAAGAUCUUCAGCUUGGACAAGGCCAAGCGUAUUCCCGAGCUGAAGAAGAUGCGCGAGCACAUCAUCACCAAGUUGAACAACGACUUCCAGAAGGUCUGGUUCGGUCGCAACAAGCAUGGCGAGUCUGUCGACCUUGAGGACAUGACCUAUGCCGAGGUUGUGCAGCGUAUGGUCGACCUCAUGUACGUCAAGCACCAGGACCGCUGGAUUGACCAGAGCUUGAAGCGAUUGACAGGCGACUUUAUUCGUCGUCUCGAGGAGCGCUUCAGCACCUCCAGUAGCGAGUCGCUCAUCCAAACGUACGAGGAGCUGAACACGCCAUACCAGACUAUCGGGAAGGUUUUCAAGGCGUACCCCGAAGCCUCAGAGCAGCUCAUCAACGCCCAGGACGUCCAGCACUUCCUGCUGCUUUGCCAGCGUCGCGGACAGAAGCCUGUGCCCUUUGUUCCUGUCCUUGACGACACUUUCGAGUUCUUCUUCAAGAAGGAUUCCCUGUGGCAGUCCGAGGACUUGGAUGCCGUCGUUGACCAAGACGUCGGCAGGACUUGUAUCUUGCAAGGCCCAAUGGCUGUGAAGUACUCCACUAAGGUUGAUGAACCCGUAAAGGAGAUCUUGGACGGAGUCCACAAUGGCCACAUCCAAUACCUGCUCCGCGACGUGUACGGCGGAGAUGAGUCAAAGGUUCCAGUCAUCGAGUACUUCGGCAGUAAGCCUGUCGAAAGCAUCGAAGGUGUCGAGGUGGAUGGACUCACGGUAUCUCAGCUCGAGAACAAGAUUGUGUACCGACUUUCGGCUGCUCCCAACUCCGUUCUCCCUGCGGUAAAGCCCUGGCUGCAUCUCCUUGCUGGCGCUACCUAUUCCUGGAGGCACGCGUUCUUUGCCGCCGAUAUUUUCGUUCAGGGACAGCGAUUCCAAACCAACCCCGUCGCCAGGAUUUUUGCUCCCACGCCCGGCAUGAUUGUCGAGAUUGCCAACCCCAAGGAGCCAGCCAAGACAGUCAUCACUGUCAAGGAGCCUCACAACGGUGGAAAGCAUAUCAAGACAAUCGAAGUCAGCUUGGUCAAGGACGAGAUCGUUCUUAACAUGUUCGAAGAGCGCACAGCUCUCAAGCAGCCUGUUGCCUUGCCGCUCAAGUUCCACUACCGCCCAGAGUACGGAUACGCUCCUAUUCACGAAGUCAUGGAGGCCCGCAACGACCGAAUCAAGGAGUUUUACUAUAAGAUCUGGUUCGGCGAAGAAGCGUGCCCCUUCGAGACAUCUGUCACCUCAAAGUUUGACGGUGGCCGUGCAACCGUCACCAGCGAGGCCAUCAACGAUUUUGUGCACGCUGUUGGUAACACCGGUGAGGCUUUCGUUGAACGCCCCAACAAGGAGAUCUUCGCUCCCAUGGAUUUCGCAAUUGUGGUCGGCUGGAAGGCUAUCACAAAGCCCAUUUUUCCACGGGCUAUUGACGGGGACCUUCUCAAACUUGUCCAUCUCUCCAACGGCUUCCGUAUGCUCCCAGGCGCAGAGCCGCUGAAGAAGGGCGAUGUCCUCGAUACUACUGCACAGAUCAAUGCCGUGCUUAACCAAGACGCUGGCAAAAUGGUCGAAGUUUGCGGCACCAUCACCCGUGAUGGCGUUCCUGUCAUGGAGGUCACCAGUCAAUUCCUUUACCGCGGCGUGUAUGAUGACUUCGAGAACACCUUCCAGAGGAAGACGGAGAUCCCCAUGCAACUCCACUUGGCUACUAGCAAGGAUGUUGCUAUCUUGCGCUCUAAGGAAUGGUUCAACAUGGAUGAACCAGACGUGGAGCUACUGAACAAGACCUUGACCUUCAAGCUCGAAAGUUUUGUUAGGUACAAGAACAAGACUGCGUUUUCCGACGUUCAGACCAUCGGCGAGGUGUUGCUUGAGCUCCCCACCAAGGAGAUCAUCCAGAUUGCCUCUGUUGAGUACUCCUCUGGCACGUCUUAUGGCAACCCAGUGCUCGACUACUUGGAGCGUAACGGAUCUGCAACGGAUCAGCCUGUCAACUUCGAGAACCCAAUUCCGCUGAAUGGCAAGACCCCUCUCACGUUGAAGGCUCCUGCUUCCAACGAGACAUAUGCGCGAGUGUCUGGCGACUACAACCCCAUCCACGUAUCUCGUGUCUUCUCGAGCUACGCCAAUCUGCCCGGCACCAUUACCCACGGCAUGUACUCCAGUGCGGCCGUUCGUAGCCUGGUCGAGACGUGGGCCGCUGAGAACCACAUCGGUCGUGUCAGAAGCUACCACGUGAACCUCGUGGGCAUGGUGUUGCCUGAUGACCUCUUGGACGUCAAGCUUCAGCACACUGGCAUGGUGUCUGGACGCAAGAUUAUCAAGAUCGAAGUCAGCAACAAAGAGACCGAAGACAAGGUCCUCUUGGGCGAGGCCGAGGUCGAGCAACCUACUACCUCGUACGUGUUCACUGGUCAAGGUUCGCAAGAGCAAGGCAUGGGUAUGGAUCUCUAUGCCAGUAGCCCCGUGGCCAAGGAGGUCUGGGAUCGCGCCGACAAGCAUUUCAUGGACAACUAUGGUUUCGCUAUCACCAAUAUUGUCAAGAACAACCCGAAGGAGCUGACCAUCCACUUCGGUGGACCCGUUGGUAAAGCCAUUCGCCAGAACUAUAUGUCGAUGACCUUCGAGACUGUCGGUUCUGAUGGUAGCGUCAAGUCGGAGAAGAUCUUCAAGGAGAUCGAUGAAACCACCACUUCGUACACUUACCGAUCCCCAACCGGCCUGCUGUCCGCGACCCAGUUCACCCAGCCCGCUCUUACUCUCAUGGAGAAGGCAUCGUUCGAAGACAUGCGCUCCAAGGGGCUGGUGCAGCGUGACAGUACCUUCGCCGGACACUCGCUCGGAGAGUACUCCGCACUCGCCGCUCUCGCUGAGGUCAUGCCUAUUGAGAGCUUAGUAUCCGUUGUGUUCUACCGUGGUCUGACGAUGCAGGUCGCUGUUGAGCGCGACGAGACCGGACGAUCCAACUACUCCAUGUGCGCUGUCAACCCAAGCAGGAUCUCGAAGACGUUCAACGAGCAAGCAUUGCAGUACGUUGUGGAGAACAUCUCCGAGCAGACUGGAUGGCUGUUGGAAAUUGUCAACUACAACAUUGCCAAUAUGCAAUACGUCUGCGCUGGUGACCUUCGGGCUCUGGACUGCCUCACCAACGUCACCAACUACCUCAAGGCCCAGAAGAUCGACAUCCAGGCGCUCAUGCAGAGCAUGUCCAUCGAGGAUGUCAAGGCGCACCUCGUGGAAAUCAUUCAGGAGUGUGCCAAGCAAACAGAAGCCAAGCCCAAGCCGCUCGACCUCCAGCGUGGCUUCGCCACGAUCCCGCUCAAGGGUAUCGAUGUGCCCUUCCAUAGCACCUUCUUGCGAUCUGGUGUCAAGCCGUUCCGUAACUUCUUGCUCAAGAAAAUCCACAAGACAUCGAUCGACCCCUCGAAGCUUGUCGGCAAGUAUAUUCCUAACGUCACUGCGAAGCCCUUCGCUCUGACGAAGGAGUACUUUGAGGAUGUGUACAAGUUGACGAAUUCGCCCAAGAUUGGCAACAUCCUUGCCAACUGGGACAAGUACGAGGAGAAGGAAGAGCCCACGACUGCGGCCGCUUAGACAGCUUGUACGAGUUGUUUGAUGUUUGUGUUGCGGUUGGCGUUCUGGUUAGGUAGAAUUGCGAUAUCCACCUUCGUAGAUGCUCGGUAGACGGCG